AUGGCCCUCUCCAACCCUGACGCUCUCGAAAAGAUCUUCGAAAAGCUGGAGGCAGAAAGCGAACGUCGUGCAGCCAUUGAACAGCAAGAACAACUGGCGCAUGACCCCGCUGCCGUCGCCGCGAACCGGGCAGCAGCUCGCCAACGCAGGCGCACGUCCGUCUCCAUCUCGCGAUUUGGCCAGGCAGCAUCACCUGACCCGCAGACACCUGCCGUCGCACAAGCACCGCCCACACCCGUAUACAGCUCGGUGCACCCGACAGCCUCCGCAUCAACGGACAGCCUCGACUCGCUGAACAGUGACUCUGAGCUGCACGCGUACUCGCAACAAGAAAGCGACCAUGUCACCCAGGUCCAGCGCAUCGCAGCACGGGCAUCAAUAGGCCGCUCUGUCGGCAACGUGCUUGGUCGCACAUUAUCCCGCAACCGUACGCGCUCUAAACCGCAACUCAUCGUCAACGAAGUCGACGUUGUGAUUGGUGUCGUUGUCGAGGAGGCUGCAACUGUCGAGACGGUCGAGGACCCUACCGUUCGGCCGGAAAGCCGAGCGAUGGUCUACACCACUGGCCCGCCCGAGCGUGAGCUCCGCACACAACCCAGCCGAUUCACCAUCGGCGCACGAGUGUCGCCAACUCGAGAAGAGAACAGGCUCGUCGCACGAGCGAAGGAGCUCACCCGCAAGUUGCGCAGGCGCUCUCAGACAGUAUCUUUCGCAUAG